AUGGCUGCGACUAAGAUAGCAGAUGCUGCGGGGGAGGUGGAGGCGGUUUCCUCCGUAAAGUGCUAUUGCUGCGGGUUGACAGAGGAGUGUACUCCACAGUACAUCGAAGGUGUGCGGGCGAGGUACCAAGGUCGUUGGAUUUGUGGACUGUGUGCCGAGGUGGUGAAGGAUGAGACUUUGAAGUCACCGGAGAGAGAUUUAGGCACCGUUGAAGCUCUCAAGCGGCACAUGAGCUUCAGAUCUUCCUCUUUCAGUCCUUCUACUAAACCCACCCAUGAUUUGAUUGUUGCAAUGAAACAUCUCUUACUUCGCUCUUUGGAUUCUCCCAGGAAGAAACCUUUGACUAAUCGAACACUUGGCAGAACCCAGAGCUGCUUUGCAACAGUGAACGUUACAGCCACAACACAGGCUGAGCCACAAGGUAGAGAGACUGGAGAGGUAAUUAACAAUGAAUGA